CUGCGGACGGGUGGCUGACAAAUAGGGGAGCUCACAGCGCUGGCCCUGGGUGUGACUUUAUCUAACACCCAACGUGUCCCCGCCGGUAAUGGCAGAGGACCAGGGCCCCACAGCCCUUCCCCGGCUCCUGACGAGGGGCGGACACCUUCCCCUCAGCACGGCCCCGCCUGUCCCCCCCUGCAGGCAGUAGGCUCUCCCCGCUAUCCCCUUCAGCCCCGGCGCCGAAUGGACUCUCCUCCUCCGCGCGUCCCGCUGCCAGGGCAACGGCGACGGGGCCGGGACCGGGCCGGGACCGGGCCGGGCCGGGCGGGUCGCCGGGGGUCGGUGGGGCGGGAGCUGGGGCCGGGGAGCCCAGCCCGUGUCGAGGCAGGGCCCUGUGCCCUGGCCGUGGGUCAGGGCUGCGGCUGUUUGUUCCUGCCUUGCUUCGGGCUUCGGGGGGUGGGACGACAAACAAACCCCAGAGCCACCGGUAGCGAAAUAAACGAGCAAAGAAAGAGGGCCGCUGUUUUGGUAACAGGUUUGGUAACAGCCUCGCCUGGCAGAGCCUCCAGUCUGGUCAAGGCAAGUGCUGCCCUCGAUCCCCUCAUUCACCCGUGCUGUCCCCACUCAGCAAGGACGCCACAGGGCCCUUCCUGGGGCUCUGUGACACUGAUGAGAAGUAGUCUUCAGGCUACAUCAAAACUAGAGCGUUAUCCUGCCUGUCUAGAUGCACUAGUCUCGCUAGCACACUGGAAGAACCUUCUGUUCUAAGAAUAGAUUGUACUGGGAAUCAUGAACAGCAAUGGUUUUGUAAUACUCCCAGGUUCAAAAAGUGGAACCUCAGUGAGAUUAAAAGCAAAAACUGUUCGAGAAUUGUGGUUGGAGAAGGUGCAGUUAGAAAUGGAGAAUAAAGAGAUGGAGAAGAAAUUACGGCAACUGCAAUCCAACAUGAGCAGAGAAAAAGAAGAGAGAAAGAAAUCAAGCGCUUAUCGCUGGAAAACUGGACAGGCAGGACCGAUGACCAUCCAAGCCCGAGUUUUGUCACAAAGCAAAGAAAAAAAUAAUAAGGUUUCUUCGGGAAAAGUGAAGUUGCAAAUACUGAAAGAACAGAUGAAAGAGCCAGUGAAAGAACCAUUUAAGCAUGAAAUGUCAAAUUCUGUAGCUCAUGAAAAGUCUGAAGUGAAGGAUCUAGUGUGUGGACAAUGUGAAACUAAGAGCGGGCUGCUGACAGAAGCCAAUAUGCAUUUUGGAAAAUUGGAAGUUGUCCAUCACUUCACCAAUGAAGUAAAUCUGAAUGAAUCUAAAAUUAAUCAUGAGGAGAAGAAAGUAAACUGCAAACAUCAGGAACUCUUCUCGGAAUCAGCCUGGACAGGCCUUGACGAUCAGGACAAAGGGUUAUUACUAAAUGGUACAUUUAAUGAGGAGGAAUCUGCAAAGUCUUUUCAUGAAGCUUUGAUUCAAUGGAGAAAUGGUAGUUGUGAUCACAGAAAAGAACAGCAUGCUGGCAAGGUCCUAUCAGAGUCUGUGGGAAUUUGUGAGGUACAGACCAAUCUGACUAUUGUGAAAGAACAUGUCCAAAUUCAAUUCAAGGAGGGUGGCCUGAGCUACAUGGAGAAACUCUUGCUUAAGAAAUACAGAAGAACUGCUGUUGAUGAAAUAUCUGGUAGUUGCAUUAAAGAUUUAAGGCCUACGCAAACACAGACUGUGUCACAUCAGGCUGUGGCUGGAGGAGGUGAAAAAGGAGAUGAUGAUGAUGUCAAUGAUUUAACAGUUGAAGAGGUGAAGAGAUACUGGACAUCUGUAUUUAGAGAGCAGGUAACCAAAACUGUCCCUGAAAGUGCAGAGCCCACUCUGAAAAUUGAAUUUCUUGAUGAUUCUUAUUGCACGGACUUGGAAGAAUCAUGUAACUUUUUGGUGACGGAAGCUGGGGCUAUAGAAAUGAAUAACCAAAGAAAAACUGAAACACUCGGAGAGUUUGAAAGUUGUCCAGCAGUUGCAGGUCAGAACAACACACUAUUAGACCUUUUGCCAGAAGAAACUGUGGGCACGAUGAGAAAGUCAUCGUGUCAUUUAACUGCCACAGCUGACACUCCGUAUCUUUUACAUCUUCCUAUUGACAGAAAUCCUGUUUCUUCCAAAGAAAUUUUGCGAGAAAAAAUGGUUGUCUGCAGUGUUCUUGAAAGAAAUGCAGAACAAAAGGACAUUGUUGAACUAAAGACUGCGGGAAGAUCACUCAGCUCCUGUAAACUACUUGAGAAGACCUCUGACCCUAGUGAACUAAUGAGCAACAAUUAUCUCUUUGAGAUACAAUUGCAGAAAAAUGAUAAUGAUUCACAAGAACUGGAUGGUGGCUGCAACGGCCAGAGUUUGGUUAUGCCUGUAAUUACAACAUCCUCAGCGUUACAGGAUGGAGCCAAAAGACAGAAGUCUGCUUCUACACAGUAUCGGGGACUUGAAGGUUUCUUUGUUGUAGGUGUAAACCCUAAACAAGUAAUGCUGGAAGCAAGUUCUUCACAGCGUGCAGACUUUAGCCCUAUGAACAGGAGUACCCCAUUUCCAGGACAUAAGAAGUGGGUUGCUGCCAGGAGCUUAAGUGAAUACGCUGAUGACUCUGUAGUUCAAGGUGUCAUAGAAAGUCAAUCGAAUAGAUCUUCAAGUGGUCUUGAGACUCAAAAUAGAAUUUCUCCCCUGAUGGUAGUGUGCAGAUCAUAUUCAGGGAAUGAUUCCAAAAGACCUCAGUCGGCAGAUAUGCCACACUAUAAACUGACUAGAAAUUGUCCAAAAAACAUUCAGCCAAGACCAAAGAGUUCACCUAUGCAUACGUUUAGAGUUGAUACUGAGAUACCAAAGCACGAGUGCAUAGAUGUAACUAAGCAAGAUGAGGAUCAUUGGAAAUAUAUUGCUGACCAAGAAGCCCUACUUACUCUGGAAAAAGAAUUACAAAGUUAUGCAAGUUCACAAGAAAAACUUUACAGCUUAACUUCUGAAGAUGUAACCUCUUCCAGCAGAUGCUUGAAGAAGAUAUAUGGAAACGUUACAGAUUUCCAUAGAAACUUGGAACUAAAAGACCACAACAGGGAUGAUAUGUCUGGGGGCUGUGAUGAAGGCCAAAUGGAUGAUAAGGAAGAAAUUCUGGAGGAUAAACGACAGGUUCUUGCGUUACAGUGAACAUGCAAAGAAUUGAAUGUAAUUUUUAUCUUUGCAUAUCAUACAAAAUCAAGAAGCAGACAGAGAGGUAUCUUGAAUGCAGCUGAUAUUAUUUAUUAAAGAUUAUUUUGUCAACCUG